GUGAAAUUUAGUAGCCAAUUGGAAAAGGCAGAGGGUGGGACUACUAUUUCAGCAUUCAUUCUCCACAGUCACACGUGAUCCUCUUUAGUUCCAGGAGGUUUGGGUCCGUCAGAGAGCGAAAGGACUAUGGAGCUGAAGGUGCGGUUGUGUGUGCUGCUGCUGGCACUGAGCGUGUGCGUGACGCUGCAGGUGCGGGCUCACGAGGAGGACGAAGACGAUGACGUGCACGUGGAAGACAACCUGGUAGAUGAAGAGCUGCUGGACGGAGAUGGAGACGUUGAAAUCGAGGAGGAGGAAGAGAAGCCGACGCCCACUCCAGCUGCUCCUACCGUGACGUACAAAGCUCCAGAACCAAAGGGCGAGCACUUCUUCGCUGAGUCAUUCGAUAAAGGAACACUGGACGGGUGGGUUUUAUCCAAGGCUAAGAAGGAAGGCAUUGAUGAAGAAAUCGCCAAGUAUGAUGGUCAGUGGGAGGUUGAAGAGAUGAAGGACUCCAAGCUGCCAGGUGAUAAAGGCCUUGUACUGAAGUCCAGAGCCAAACAUCACGCCAUCUCUGCUCUUCUACUGCGACCUUUCGUCUUCAACACCAAACCCCUCAUCGUCCAGUACGAGGUGAACUUCCAGAAUGGAAUCGACUGUGGAGGUGCCUACGUCAAACUGCUCUCCCAGAGCGAAGACCUUAACCUGGACGAGUUUGUGGAUAAGACCCCGUACACCAUCAUGUUCGGACCGGAUAAGUGUGGCGAGGACUACAAACUUCACUUCAUCUUCCGCCACAAGAACCCCAAGACGGGCGAGUACGAGGAAAAACACGCCAAAAAGCCCGAUUCAGAUCUUCGCACAUACUACACGGACAAGAAAACCCACCUGUACACACUGGUGUUAAACCCAGACAACAGCUUCGAGAUACUGAUUGACCAGACGGUGGUGAACAGCGGCAGCCUGCUGAAUGAUAUGACCCCUGCUGUAAACCCUGCCGCUGAGAUCGAAGAUCCCGACGACCACAAGCCCGAGGACUGGGACGAGAGGCCGAAGAUCCAGGACCCAGAUGCUGUCAAGCCCGAAGACUGGGAUGAGGAUGCGCCAGCUAAGAUCAGUGAUGAAAAUGCAGUGAAGCCUGACGGCUGGCUGGACGAUGAGCCUGAAUACAUUGGUGACCCUAAUGCCAUCAAACCAGAAGACUGGGAUGAGGAUAUGGAUGGUGAGUGGGAGGCUCCCCAGGUCCCUAACCCUGCCUGUGAGUCUGCCCCAGGCUGUGGAAAAUGGGAGAGGCCUCUGAUUGACAACCCCAACUACAAGGGCAAGUGGAAGCCACCAAUGAUCGACAACCCCAACUAUCAGGGAGUUUGGAAGCCCAGGAAGAUCCCCAACCCGGACUACUUUGAGGAUCUGCAUCCAUUCCGCAUGACACCUGUCAGUGCUGUGGGUCUGGAGCUCUGGUCCAUGUCAUCAGACAUCUUUUUUGACAACUUCUUCAUCACAUCGGACCACAACGUUGCCGAAAAGUGGGCAGAAGAAGGCUGGCGCCUGAAGAAAGCCGCAGAGGGAGCAGCUGAGCCCGGUCUUGUUAAUCAGAUGAUGUCUGCAGCAGAAGAGAGACCCUGGCUCUGGGUGGUGUACGUCCUGACUGUGGCUCUCCCCAUCGUCCUGAUCUUCGUCUUCUGCUGCACUGGCAAGAAGAAGCCUGCGACCUCUGCUGCUGAGUACAAGAAGACUGAUGAGCCUCAGCCUGAUGUGAAGGAGGAGGAGGAGGAGGAGGAGGAAGAAGAGGAUCAGGAAGAAGAGUCCAGGAAGGAAGAGCCAGAGAAGAAAGCUGAUGCAGAGGAAAGCCUUGCAGAAGCAGCUGCAGCAGAGGAAGAGGAAGCAGAGAAACAGGAAAACAAAUCAAAUGAGAAACAAGAGGAUGAUGUUCUGAGAAGGUCCCCGAGAAGCAAACUGAGGGCUAGAAAGGACUGAUGGACUUUUGCUAUACCUGCUCAACCGCAGCUCAACCCUCUUCUGUGUUUCUCUUCCCCUGACUCCCUCCCUCCAUCCAUCUAUCCCUCCCUCCCCUGCUCUCCCCUUUUACCCUUGAUCUGUCCUCUGGUCUUCUGCUUCGUCCUCACCCAAGUGACUACAAAGAGAAAGAAGCAAAAUGGUCCGACAAAAAGACUGGUGUGAGGAGGAGGAGGAGGAUGAUGAUGAUGAUGAUGAUGAUGACCAUGAAUAGAGUAGAAAACUUUUUUUUUUGUUUGUUUUACUAAAAAGAAAUGGAAGUAAAAUGGUUCCUUAAAUAUGCUGAUGCUAAUGUAAAUCCCCCUUUGUCUUUAUCCAAGCUGUGUCUCUGUCUCUCUUUCACAAACACACACACACCUGUCGGCAUCUUGCUACUCGUCUUGCUAGCGUAAUUCAGCGAAAGCGUUAGAUCGUGGCAACACUACAGCACCAUGCUUCAGGCUCAGAUUUUAAGCAGACAAGCUCAUAAAUCAGAAUGUGAAUCAGGAGAAAUCAGACUUUCGCUUCGAUUUCCCUCUGGUAAAGUAGAUGAGAAGGAAGGAAGGUUGAUGGGAUGCAAUCACCGUCAGUUCUGUACUAGGCUCCAUCUACUUGGUUUUAAGAAAUGAUUCCUUGAAGCCCACAUGCCUCCUUUACACUCAUUCCACAAAGAUUGUGUUUUAUUUUUGAACAUUUCUUGUCAUGAUCCAGAGAACCCCUUGUACUUGCACUGUGGGGUGUCUACAGAGAACACCUGCUAGGCUUUAGAUUUUAGCACACUGCCUUAUUUGUAGAACGCAGUUAGCUCCUUUAUUUUUGUGAAUGUACUGUAUGUUGUUUUGUUUUCCAUUCUACUUGUUUGUUUCUAAUAUCUUUUGUUUGCAACAGAUUUUUUUUUUGUACUAAAUCAUGAGUUUUCAUACUUUUUUUUUUUUUUUUAGUUUGAUGGUGUAAAGCAGUGACUAUUUUUUGGACAAACACAACGUAACAGGGCUGAUGUUUGAGAUGAAUAAGAGAGGCUGAAAGCUGAGAAUAAUUUUCAUGCUAUUGACCAGGUUAUGAAAUAUUUAGUGAGUAAGGCUCAUGGCCAGGCCCUCGGUGAAUCAUGACUGUAUCUGUGCCACCUCUUUCAUUUUUCCAUUGGUGCCCUAAGUCAGCCAUCGAACCGUUUCUGACAAGUGACUCAACUCUUCUCACUUCCUGUGACAUCAAUUUUGCAGCAGUAGCAGCAAAGAAAAGCAAAUGCUUUUUUUUUUUCUUUCUUCUUCUGUAUCGUUGCUAAAUGGCGUUUUUAUUCUGUAGAGGAGAAAAGUGGAUUUUUGAUGCAGUUUUGAAUUUUUCUUUUUUAAUUUGCUGCCAUUUUAUUGCAAAAAAUUUACAAAUGUUUAUCCCCCAAAGACAUGAAAAUGGCACUAAUAUGGCACUACUUCAGCGCUGCCUAAAGACUCCAUGAAAUUUAGAUUUUUACCGAAGUUGCUGACCUCCAACAUCCUCUUGCCAUCUAAAGCAGUUGAGGAUGUUGCUGCAAUUGAUGUUCUGUCCCAAGCUUACAAAAAGCUGGCACUUUCUAAAGUAACGGAGUCUACCAUUUAAAUUCACAGUCGCUAAUAUCAUGCCUCACUGCUGCGCUCUCUCUCUCCCUCCCUAUCUCUCUCUCUCUCAACAUCCUCUCUGGCUUUUAGUUCCUGCAUCUUGUUUUGUCUAGUAGUUUUUCUUUACUUUUCUUCUUUUCAUUAUUUUUUUUUUUUUUUGUUACCAUUUUAUGUACAUUACAUCGGCCUAACCUGGAUAAAUGUGCUUAUGUGAAGAAUGAUGGUAAGAUUAUCCCUAGUAGCAUAGUGAGAUUAUGAACUUUUGUGAUUGACUAUGUAUAUUUGAGAGAACGCUCUGGAUGUCUGGCUGGGGGGGAGGGAUCAAAAUCCAUCAUGUUACUUAUAAAACUAAAAUAAAUGGAUACUAUGAAAGAUGUAUGUCUUUUCAAUCAUGA